ACACUUUGUAAGGUUAAAGUCCAUCUAGAUGUCAAUACCUAACUGAGUGCUUAGUGUUCAUGUAGGUUCUCAUGGAAAAUGCAUUCCGCUCAGGCCAUUGGCCAUCACACACUCCACCGCUGCCACACAGAACAGAGGAAGGGCACUGUUUUAAACCUGGUUGAUAUGGAACACGCUUCUGUGGUUAAUAUACCCCACCAACCUGUUUCAAAUGUGGAUAUUGCUUGGAGAGGAGAGGAAGAAGAGGGACGCUGGAGGAGAUUGUGGAAUGUUGAAUAAGUGGAAUAAACACCUACUGUAAAAACACCAUGAUGGAAUUGAGACUCAAUGGGAGUGGAGGAACGAUGACUCUACCUCCAUUACCUGCUGCAGUAAAAGGGCUGAUAGUUUGACUCCAGCCCCUCUUCCCCUCGCUGAGAGGCAGUUGGACUAUGCCAAUGAACCACAGGGGUACCCACCUGCCCACUACUGUGGGCUGUCUCCUCACAGAAUGUCCCUGGUGGAUGAGAUGGAGGAGGAGUGCUUGUACACUGAGGAGGCUUUCAUCUGAUGUAUGGAAGCCUCUUGUGCCAUUACUCUGCUUUAGUGCCACCCUUGUGGUCGUGGUGUUAUAUGCCCUGGCAGAUCGGCUCCGCAGCUUUGUAGCUGACAUCUUCAUUCCCCAGUACCACUACCCGUUUGCUGUACCAAUCACCUUUGUACAGGUACUGGUGACUCUGCUAUACUUGCUGGUCCUCCAUGCCGUGGGCCUGGCACCACUGAAGCCCUACUCUCUGUCUCUGGGAGAGCGCCUGCUGGUGCCCUCUAUCUGUGGGAGUGCCCAGGCUGUGCUGGGUGUGUGGGCAGAGGCCAGUGCCCAUUCUGGCAUGUACCCACUCACCAUGGGCCUGCUGCCCCUGCUCUGUGUGGGCUGGAGCCAUGGCCUGCGACUGGCACUACUCCCGUCAGUCCACCUAACGGGCCUUAUCACAGUCAUCACUUUCACCUCUGUCACUAUCACAGUGUCUCAGGGUGUCCCGUCAGUGGAGGUUCUGGAGUGUCUCUACGCCCCACUGGCCCUCCUUCUCCACAGCCUCUCUCUGACCUGGCUGGCCAAGGUGGCUGAGAACGAGCACCGGCGCCACAUCAGCUCCCACACCUCGCCCUUUGACCUGUACUUCACCCUGAUGGUGAACCAGAGCCUGGUGCUGGGCUUCCUGUGCCUGCUGCACCCGGAGGGCCCCCGGGCACUGGGCGAGGGUAGCUGGCAUAGCCUGCUAUUCAUGGGGUACCUGCUGGCCAUACUGAUGCUGGGAGCGCUACAGAAUCUCUUGGUCAACAUGGCCGCUCUGGCCUUCUCACCGCUGGCUGCAGCACUACUACACACAGCACGUGGAUUAACAAGACCUUUGUACAGCCUGUUGUAGAGAUCCAACAUAGAGGAGGAUGAAGUUGAUCGUAGAGACUAAUCAGUCUGAAGUCAGUUUUGCAUUCCUCCUAAUGAUUAAAGGGAGGAUUUGUCAAGGAUAAUCUGAUCCUAGAUCUGUGCCAGGAGCAGGAUACAUAGCUUUACUACAGAGCAGUAUUAUUCACUCUAGGAGCAAGACUUCAACUCCCAUGGUGCAUCGCUUGGGACUUUUACUACAAUUGCAUUUUGUUCCUAACCUUUGGGCUGGAUUGAUUUAGAAAUGUUAAGCCAAUCUCCAACAUUCCAUUCUUAAGCAAAAUUCUGUAGAAAUUGGUGUAGUUGCUUCCGUCUGGCCACUCUACCAUAAAGGUCUGAU